AUGUCCCGCCUAGCCACCCUACCCCGGUGCAGGACGCCCUCCGUCCUGCGCCUCCAACAAACCCAGCGCCGCACCGUCAUGAUGGGCGCCGCGGCGGCCCAGCACGCGCCCAAGAAAGAAGGCGACAUCUCGUCCGUCUUCGUCUCCCUGUCCGGCGCGGCGCGCGAGCCCCUCCCCGACCGCUUCCGCACGCUCAAGCAGGACCUCGUCGCCGGGCACGAGGACGCCGUCGUCCAGUCCUGGGGCCGCCUGCUGCGCGCGCUGCGCGAGGAGAACGAGACCGUUGCCGCCAAGGGCCCGGCCAUCAUCCCCAGCGUCGACUUCCGAAAUCUCGACGAGGACGUGGCGAGACUCAAGGGGGAGAUCCGCAAGAGGGGCGCCGCGGUCAUCCGGGGCGUCGUCGACGAGACGGAGGCGAGGGCGUACAAGGAGGAGAUUGAGGCAUAUGUGCGCAAGAACCCGUCCACAAAGGCCUUCCCCGCCGACAACCCGCAGGUGUACGAGUUAUACUGGUCGCUCCCGCAGCUCAAGGCGCGCGCGCACCCCAACAUGCUCAAGACGCAGGCGACGCUGAUGCACGGGCUCUGGGACGCGGCCCCCGGCGCCGCCAUCUCCAUGCAGCCCCUGACGUACGCCGACCGGCUCCGGAUCCGGCAGCCUGGCGACGCGAGCUUCGCGCUGGGCCCGCACAUUGACGGCGGGUCCGUGGAGCGGUGGGAGCGGGACGGGUACGGCCGCGGCGGCGGCACGUACGAGGCCGUGUUCCGCGGCGAGUGGGAGGCGUACGACCCGUGGGACGUGACGGCGCGCGUCGAGGCCGUGCAGGACCUGUACAACGGCGCCGGCGCGUGCAGCAUGUUCCGCAUGUUCCAGGGGUGGCUGAGCAUCAGCGCGUGCGGGCCGCGCGAGGGCACGCUGCUGGUGAACCCGCUCGUGCAGCUGUCGACGGCCCCUGAAAAGUUCCUGGACGAGGACAACUGGGCGUUCACGGGCGGCGAGGCCAUGACGAGCGAGCUGCAGGGCGCGACGCCGGGCCACGGCCAGGAGCUCAGCGACGCGCUGCACCCGCACAUGGAGCUCGGCAAGACGAUGGUGCACGUGCCGCGCAUCCGGCCGGGCGACUUUGUCGUGUGGCACGGCGACCAGGUGCACGCCGUCGACGCGGUGCACCAGGGCGCCGGCGACUCGAGCCGCGAGGCAUUCCUCCAGGGCUUGCCGGGACCGGACUUCCCUGGCGGCAAGGGGGAGAGCGAGCACGUCGGGCGGCCCGGCGAGGAGGCCGUCCGCGGGGUGGAGGCGAGGCGGGCGAUGGGGCUCGAGAGGCUGGUGGCGGCCGGCGAGACGCGCGGCGAGAGGGAGCUGGUUGAGAGGGCGAACCGGGUGCUGGGGUUCUGA